AUGCUUGACGUCCGGCUGAGAAACCGGGAUAAUGGCAGCAUCGUUGCUAUCCGAGUUGACGAGGAGGGAGCCUACCACAUGACAGCCAAGACCAAGAUCGAGCCUGGUCAGUGUAUUCUCACGGACCCCGGACUUGCAAUUUUCCCUUCGGGCCUGGGAAGUGGUCCGGAGUCCUCGGCACUGAUCAAAGAACGUAUUGAUGCCCUUCCCGAAAGGGAGCGUGAAGUCUUCUUCACCCUUCCGCAAAAUAGAUUGUACGACUACGAUGAAUACUACGGACGGUAUGUUGCCCAUGCCUCCGUGCUUCGACACAGUCCAAAGUACGCCUGCAUCUUCCCUCUGCUUUCACUGGCGUCCAACGGCUGCAGGCCCAACAGCGUUACUUCGGUUCUUCCAACAAACAAGACGACGGGAAACUCCCGACGCAGAAAGGGUUGGAAGCUUGCCCUUCGCGCCUCUCAGUUGAUCAAGAAGGGUGAAGAGAUAUCCUUCUUCAAACUGGUUGGCGGCGGCCGGUUUCGUAGUCGGCUGGAAAAUCAUGUUGAAAGAUUCGGUUACCCGUGUGCCUGCAAUGACUGUAUACUGCCAGAUGAUCUCCAUUUGCCCUCCGAGGACCAGAGCUGGCAGCUGAACCAGGCCUGGGAAACAGCAUUUGGCCGAGACGAUGUUUCCUCCCUGGCAUUGAUACAUUCCAUCUCGCACAUGGCGCAGUGUUGCUACUAUGAGUCUAUUACCGACAAGAGUAUGCUUCUUCUCUAUCGCAGGCUUUUCGACAGGUUGGUGCAGGAAGAUGAUAUCAUGCGAGCACAUGUAUUUGCCGCCAAGAUAUUGAAGAUAAACGCCAGACUCAUUGGAUGGGAAUGCGACGACUUUCACCAAGGGCAUUUGAUGGCCCUCCAUGACCGCCUGGACGAGGAAUUCAGACAUGAUCCCGGCAUUAUGUUGAAACUGGAACCUCUUGACUACGGCCAGAGAAUGGCUUGGCUUUUUAGGUUGGAGGAGACUCUCAGGGAAGCCGAGAUACCGGAAACAUGCCAAGACCCUCAUCGAGAUGAGGAGGUCUUCCCCAGCUAUACGCAAUUGCCUGAGGAUGAUGAAGGCAAAGUAUCAGACCAUUUCAACUUGUAUCACCGACCAAAGAAGCACUGGAUCUUCAUAGCAAGCCUUGUCGGUUUGGAUUUAGUGACGGAUAGGCUUCUGGUCCGUGACAGAAAACAAAAGGCAAUUCCUGUCUGUCUGGAUAACGUAGAUCUAUGUGCGGAGGUCGCACGGAUACUUGGCCCAUCGUCUCUCAUCCUAAUACCUUAUGCUGCGAGAAUUACCUUAGAAAAUGGAAAGGAGGCUGUGUCUUCCCCAAAUCAGAUGAUCAAGGACUGUCAGGUGGAUGGUUGGAAAAACAAAGGUCACAAAAAUGACUGCAAAAUUUUGGGUAUCAAGGUCAUAUAUGACCUUUUUUGCAGGCAUCCGGAGGCAAUGAUAAACCCUAUCGGCUGGGAGAGGAGGGUUGUGUUCUUCAACGCUAUAGACUGGGCAAAGCUCACCCCAAAAGCCACCGUUUCAGUUGCGGAUUUGAUCAAAAAGGUCCAGCCGGUUGGAGUCGCACCUGCUUCCAAGACCAAGCCUGUAAACCUAAGGGUCAAUACAAUUUUGGAAGAGCUUGGUGAUAUUGGGCCAGAGGAGUGA